CUCCACAGUGCAGGCCGGUUCAGUUGGUGGCUGAGAGAAAAGGCAGAAAAGUGCACUCGACAAGAAGACUCAGAGGGGACAGAAGGUGCGAGAAGCCAGAGGGGAGAGAGAGAGAGAGACAGAGAGAGAGAGAGGGAGGAAGGGGACGCAUAAUGAGAGAAGAAGAAGAGUCCCAUUCCAGCUGUGUUUCUAAAACAAACAGAGCCGUGAGAACUUCUUCAUAUUGAAGAAUUUUCAGCUGCAGGCCAAGGGAACAAACAUUUACCUCUGACAUUUUUUGAUCGACUUUGGCUGUUUAUUUUUAAUCAGGAUUUCAUUCAAACAAAACAUCUUGUUGUUAGUGUUGCUCGGACAGAAAUAGGCCCAAGUUUCAUUUGGAUAAGAAGUUUUUUUGGCUCAUUCUUCAGGAGCCUCUUUUCAGCUUGUUUUAAACAUGAGCACAGAAAACUCCACUCUUCUGGACAGCUUGUUCUUUGCUCCUCUUUGCGAUGGCUGGACCAACAACACAGAGGGAGCCAUCUACCACUUGGGAAACACCAUGGUCUUCCUGGGCUACAUGGGAGGCAGCGGGGCCUACGGGUGCCUCUUCAUCUUCGGCUUCCUCACCCCGGCCUUCCUGUGCUUGACCGUGUGGGGCUGGAUCACCAUGUGCGGCCUGGACGUCUUCACCUGGAACCUGCUCCUGCUGCUGGCCUGCCUGGCUCAGAUCUGCCACCUCCUCUACCGGCUGCACCAGGAGGGCAUACCCAGGGAGGAGCUGUCCUCCCUCUACCAGGCGGUGUACCUGCCGCUGGGCGUCCCCGUCCAGGUGUUCAAGGACAUCGCGGGUGCCUUUGAGAACAGGGUGGUGGAGCUGAAGGCGGGAGAGACGUACGCAGUGGAGGGAAAGACAUCAAUCGACCAGCUCUCCUUUCUGCUGUCUGGGAGGAUCAAUGUAUCUCUGGAGGGUCAGUUCCUGCACUACAUCCAACGCCACCAGUUCCUCGACUCUCCGGAGUGGGAGUCUCUGAGACCAAAUGAGGAGGGAAAGUUUCAGGUGACCCUAACAGCGGAAGAAGACUCCCGCUACAUCUCUUGGCGUCGCCGUCGUCUCUACAUGCUGAUAUCAAAGGAGCGCUACAUCGCUCGUCUCUUCUCCCUCAUGCUGGGCUACGACCUCGCCGAGAAGCUCUACAACCUCAACAACAAGCUCUACAUCAAGACCGGCGUGCUGCUAGACAUCCGCCUGCCCAGCCUCUACCACGUGCUGGUCCCCUCCUCGCAGGGCAGCGAGGGCGGCAGUGGCAGCGACAGCGGCUUCAACAAGGAGCAGCAGGGCGAGGAUCCAGCACCAGCCUACCAGACGUUGGAUCCAGUUCAGUCUCAGCCUCAGGGACCAAGAAAGACCACCCAGGAUGACACCAAGGCCCCCCAGCAUGACCGUCACCAGCACCCGUGGGCGUCAGACCCGGACCUGCCCUCUGGUGAGGACUCUACCAGCCUGGUCCUGGAGGACUUUGCUGAUGUGGCGGGCUCCUUAACGGAUUAUGGCAGUGAGAGGGAUUAUUUGAGGUAGAGGGGGCAGGGUGCUGGAGCUAACACACUGGGUCACCACUUAAGCUACGUGAGAUGACAGCGACAGAAAUGUUCCACCUCGUUUCCAGAGAGGCAGAGCGCCGCUGGCUCCCACCGACACUCCCAAACUGUGAGGACAGUCUCUCCUGGAAACACUUUAACUACUUUAUUAUUUACAGCUUAGCAGUAUGAAUGUCUCACAUGUCACCUGUGAUCUGUGUGUCUCUCCCUGUUCUCACCUGAGUUCAUCUCCUCUUUGACAUGGCCUCUUUCUAUUCUUUUUUACAUUUGUUUUUGUAAAAGGAAAGACAUUAUGAUAUGAUUAAUAAAUCAAUACAAGGAGCCUAUAUUUGCCACUUUAUAAACUCAAAUAAGGGCAAAUUAAAAGGCCAAAUUUAAGAUUAUAAAGCCUUUAAUCAACCUUUUGGCCACCUCAAGAAACUGUAAUCUGCCUCAAAAAAUCAGUUUCUUUCUCAGAAGGAUCGGGGAACUCACUUCAUUUAGUUAAUCAGAUAUGAACUCACAUUUCUAUGACGUGUUUCUGUUGUUGUUGUUGUCAUGGAGAAACAACUGUCCAAUUAAAGACAGAUAUUGUAACUUCCAGAUGUAUAAUACGACUUUAAAGGUCCGCCAAAAGUAAGUCAAGUCACCACUGAGGACAACCUUCACCUUGUUACUUACAGUCACAGAAUAUGUCCAAAAUGUAAAAAAAAAAAAAUGAGGGCUGCACAAAAUCUGAACAAAGCUGACUUUGCGAUAUCUUCUCU